AUGACCAAGAACACCCUCUUAAAAUCAGUCUUGUCAAAGCUCUAUCGGGCUGGGCCCACCGGUGCAAAGCCACCUUUUCUGCAGGAAGAGACAGGAGGUUCCCUAGGGAAGUCUGAAACAGCAGUCCUGGAGGGUCAGGAAGAGCUGAACAGCAGACUAAAAGCUGAAGAGUAUCUGCGGCUAUCCCAGGUGAAGUGCACGGGAUUAAUGGCUCAAAUGACAGCGACAAGCAGUGCUGUGAUGUGCCUGGACCUAGCAGCUAGUUUCAUGAAACAACCAGUUGACAAAAACUAUUUUGUUAAACUCUCCGGUUUGAACAAGACUACCUACCAGAGCUCCAUGAAGUCUUUGGAGUGUUUGCUAGAGGUGAACCCCAGACUGGGAAUGCGAGACUUGGCUGUGCAAUUCUGCUGCACAGAGGCAGUGAACACCGCUUCAAAAAUACUACAGAGGUAUGAAUCCAGCCUCUCUGAAGCACAGCAAAUGGACCUUGAUUUCUCAAAACCACUUUUUAUAACAGCUGCACUAUUUGCUGCAUGCAGGUGUUUGAAGCUAAAAGUGGACAAAACUAAAAUGUUGGCUACAUCUGGGGUGAAAAAAGCAAUAUUUGACAGGCUGUGCAAUCAGCUGGAGAAGAUAAGCCAGCAACUCAGCAAAGAAGAUGUUCCACUGGCUGCAGCAGAGACACCUGAAAGUUUGCAGACCAACCUGGAGCACUGUGAGAAGGAAGAUGGAUCUGAAGAUGAUGAUGAGAUGCCAUGUAAACGGCCAAAGACUGAAACAAAGCAAGACUAUGAAGAAUGGAAAAAGAAAAUCCUGGAAAACGCUGUUAAGGCACAAGAGACAAGUAUGGGACUGAAGUCUCUUGUGCUUGUAAGGGGUCCCAAAUAUUCCAAAAAACAAUAA